AUGUCUGUAGCUUCCGCAAUAACUCUCUUUGAGAAAGCCGUAACACAAGACGAAAGCUCGCAAUACGAAUUUGCCUGCAAUGUCGAAAAAAUCCUCACUAGUUUUCCACCAAAAUUCAUUGCCGAAGAAUUUUAUCCAUUUAUGGCAACAUGGAUACCGCGAAAUAACGCUCGCAUAGUCAAAACACUCGCAGAAAAAGUCGAUAAGAUGGCUGCAAUUAGUGAAGCUAUAGUUAGCUUAGCACCAGUUGUAGAAUCUCUUCUUGCAGCAGAAAACGUCGCUAUAGCCAAAAUUAUCCUUCAAAAAAUUCGUACAGUUAAAUUAGGUGGUGAUGUAAUGGGCUUCUUCAAGAGAUUAGCUUCUUCUCCGCUUGAUUUUGUUCGUGCAUUUGUAGCCAAAAUUAUCAUGUUACUCAAGUCAAACGAUGACGUCAAAAACCUCAGUGCCGCAUUAAUAUGCGACCCUGCUUUCCAAGUUCGUUUCUCAAUGUGUUCGGUUAUUCCAAAGCUCCAACCAGACCUUGCAAAGGAUGUCGCCUCUUACGCUUGCUCCGACUCAAACUCAAGAGUUAAGUCUUUUCUUCCUGUUAUCUGCUCGAAAUUACCGUUUUUCUUUAAUGAUAUUGUUACUCCACUCCUAUUAGAUCAUGACUGGGCUGUCCGUGCUUCCCUCGCUCGUGAGCUUGCAAAUUCUACAGAUGACACUAAGAGUUUGACGUAUUGCAUCCAGCUCAUCAAAGAUAGCGUCUGGCAAGUCGUUCUCUGCGCUCUUACAUCACUUACAACAAUUCUCAAUCGCAAUAAAAGCGCUUCUUACGAUUUCCUGCCUCAAGUUUUAGACGUUAUCCUUAAUAACAUCACCUAUCCACAAACAUCACUUAAGAAUGCAGCAAUCGAUGCAUUCCUUUCAAUAUACACUCGUUGCACCCUCGACCAGAAGAAAGUCAACGCAUUUGUUGAAUGUGUCAUCAUCAAACAACCUCCAAACACUCGUUUACACUUCCUUGAAGCCCUCGCAACUACAAAGCACGAAUCUAUCUUCGCGCUCAUCUCAUUCCAGCUUUUCGGAGUCAUUACAAACCUUAUGGAGUCAGAUCAGUGGCGUGUUCGCCUCGGAGUGGUCCAACUGCUCUCAGCACUCGCCGCUGUCAGUAAGAAUGGAAACCUCAGCAAGCAGUUCUCGCAACUCUGCAUACAAUGCUUAGAUGACGAAGCAACACCUGUCAGAGUCGCUGCUUCUGAGCAGCUCGUCCAGUUCUUCCUCGCGGAGAAGGGAUCUGCUCUACUUCCUGAGAGUUUCGCCGCUCUAAAAGCUAGCAACUCCUUCAGAAAGAGACAAUCCGCUCUUUACAUCCUUUCCAAUAUCGGAAAGACAGUCAAGACGCCAGAACAGAAGAAUCAGAUCCUUCAGGAAUUAAAGGCCUUCGAAGGCGACGCUUGUGAAAAUGUUGUUAACCUUGCACGUGAAUUUAUUGCUAAUUUAUAA